CUGUCAUUGUUUCAAUUUAAAAACAUUUUGUAUUACUAAAUAAUGGUCUUAAAUGAUAAUUAAACGUAACAGUAAAUACCAAAAACACAUUCUGCUCGUAUAUCUAACAUGACUGUAAUUCAAACAAUGAAAAAGUUAAAUUCAAAAAUUCCUGGUGUUUUACCGCCUCCGCCUAAGACUGAAAUUGAUGGAAAAAUUGAAAAUCUAUCAAAUAAAACUAUAUCAGAGCUGCUAGACCUACGAGAUCGACAAUUAAAGCUAUUGAAUAAUAAAGCUUUCAUAGGCAAACUUGCAGAUAAGGGUAAAAAAAUACAAAUUUUUUGUGAUAAAAUUGAUAUUGAACUCAAAAUUAAACAAGAUGAAGAACAAACCUGCCGUUUAUUUAAUAACAUGAAAAUUGAUAAUGUUGACAAGGAAUCGGUGGCAAAUGUUGAAUGGGAAGGUAAAAUACAGAAAAAUCGAAAUAUCUACCUCGAUUCUGACGAUGACAGUGACCCAGAGGAUGUUUUAGAAAUACUAAGCCAUGGUACAUCACAAGAAAAGAAAGUCAAGGUUAUACAGCCAGAUAAACCAUUAAUAACAGCUGAAGAUCUUAUAAGCAUAGGAGAAAUUCCAAUAGUCAAAAAAAUUGUUGAAAAAACAGAGGUUAAUAUUAAACCAAAAGUGACGGGUCAAUUCAAACCAUAUAAAACAACAAUAUCAGAUGUUCAUAAUCCCGAAAAAGAAAUAUGUAGAAAGAGAAAUAAAUACUGGGAAAUAACAGCGGCAACACCACCACCCAUUGUUCAUGGGCCAGCCAAAAUGUUAAACUUAGAAGAAUCUUUGAAACUGCAACAAGAACAUAAUAAGCAUUUAAAAGAAAUUGAAGCACAACAUGCGGCUGAAAAGCUUUUGGCCCGAGCAAAUAUCAAAAUGGCAGAACUUCCAAAAGACAUUACCAAAUUUGGAAAUUAUAGAGGGGACAGUGAUGAUACAAAAUCUGAUGAGUCCGAUCCAGAAGGUAGUGACAAGGAAGUACUAGAUGAAGAGCCAGAAAGGGGAGGUGUUGUUUUUACAAUAAUGAAGUGAAUGUAAUUUUAAGAAAUGUGAUAAUUUGUAAAUACUUAAAGAAAAUAAAUCAUAAAUUUUUCACUAGU